AUGUCAUUGGAAAAUCUAGCCAACAUUUCUCCUUGGUCACUCUCGCCUUCAUCCUUUCUGUUCUCACUUUGUACGCUUGCUUCUCUCUCACCUUCUCUCUCCCUCUCUUCCCCUCUCUCUCUCACCACCUCCCUCUCUUCCCUCUCUCUCUCUCACCUCCUCUCCCCUCUCUUCCCCCUCUCUCUCCCCUCCUCUCUCCCCUCUCUUCCCCCUCUCUUUCCUCCUCUCCUCUUCCCCUCUCUUUCACCUCCUCUCUCCCCUCUCCCCUCUCUCUUACCUCCUCUCUCCCUCUCUUCCUCCUCUCUUUUUCCUCCUCUCCCACUUCCCCUCUCUUUUUCACCUCCUCUCUCCCUCUUCCCCUCUCUCUCCCACCUCCUCUCUCCCUCUCUUGCCAUCGCUCUCACCUCCUCUCUCCCUCUCUUCCCCUCUCUCUCUAUCCCCUCCUCUCUCCCUCUCUUCCCCUCUCUCUCAACUCCUCUCUCCCUCUUCCCUCUCUCUCACAUCCUCUCUCCCUCUCUUCCCCUCUCUCUUACCUCCUCUCUUCCCCUCUCUCUCUCACCUUCUCUCUCCCUCUCUUCCCCUAUCUCUCUCACCUCCACUCUCCCUCUCAUCCCCUCUCUCUUUAUCUCUUUCACACUCAUUACAAACUUUCGUUCUCUCUCUAUUUUACAGCCGUUACAUAAAACAUUUCUUCCUUUUCCUGUCUGCAUAUGA